AUGGAGAAGAAGGCGCGGGCGAGGACCCUGCCGGGGAAGGCGGUGGCCACCCUCUGCGCGGUCAGCUUCGUCCUCGGCCUGCUGCUCAGCGGCAGGAUGUGGGCGGCGCCGCCGCUCAAGGGCCGCCGUCCGGCCGAGAAGGCCUCCGCCGGAGUGCCGAGGGACGUGAUGGGGGAGGUCAAGAGCACCCGUGAAGCCCUCAAGUGAGCCCUCCUCCUCCCUCCAUCCUCACUCUCUCUGAAUUAUCCAAGAACACCAGCAUCUCGCUGUGCAUCAGGUCUCUGGAGAAGACGAUAUCCUCUCUAGAGAUGGAGCUGGCCACGGCAAGGACAAACGGCGGCGGGGUGGCGGCGGGAGGGGAGCUCCAGAGGGCGUUCGCAGUCGUGGGCAUCAACACCGCCUUCAGCAGCAAGAAGCGGCGGGAAUCGCUCCGGCAGACCUGGGUUCCCCGGGGUUUUACCGCUCCUUUUCCUCUCCACUUUCCUUCCCCGAAGAAGAAGAAGAAGAGAGAGAGGGAGGGAGGGAAGGAGGGAGGGAGGGGGGGAGGGAGAGAGAGAGAGGUCGAAGAUGGAUGGAAGGAGAGGAGUGAGAGGGAUAGAGAGGAAUAGGAAAGAGAGACGAAGAAGGUAGAUGCAAGGAGAAAGUAGACAAUAAUGCAGGCAAAAAAGGUGAUAGUCAGAGUCAGAGAGAGAGAGAGAGAGAGAGAGGGAGAGAGAGAGAGAGGAAGAAGAAAGGGAAACGAAGAAGGUAGAUGCAAGGAGAGAGUAGACGAUAAUGCAGGCAAAAAAGGAGGGAGUCAGAGAAUCAGAGAGAGAGAGGGAGAGAGAGAGAGGUUGGAGAUGGAUGGUCAGAGAAUAGAGAGGGAGUGAUAGAGAGGAAGAAGAAAGAGAAACGAAGAAGGUAGAUGCAAGGGGGGAGUAGACGAUAAUGCAGGCCAAAAAGGAGAGAGUCAGAGAGUCACAGAGAUAGCACAGAGAGAGAGAGAGAGAGAGAGAGAGAGAGAGAGAGAGAGAGAGAGAGAGAGAGAGAGAGAGAGAGAAGAGAGAGAGAGAGAGAGCGAGAGAGAGAGAGCGAGAGGAAUAAGAAGAAGAAGAGGCUGACGGGAGGAGGGUGGUGGUGCAGGGGUGAAGCUGAAAAGGCUGGAGGAGGAGAAGGGGAUAGUGCUGAGGUUCGUGAUAGGGCGGAGCGCGACGCCGGGGGGAGUGCUGGACCGAGCCAUCGACGCCGAGGAGGUCGAGACGAAGGACUUCCUCCGUCUUGACCACGUCGAAGGCUACCACCAGCUCUCUGCCAAGACGAGGAUCUACUUCUCCACCGCCGCCUCCAUCUGGGACGCCGAUUUCUACGUAAAGGUUGACGACGACGUCCAUGUCAACCUCGGUCAGCUCUCCCUCCCUCCCUCCCUCCCUCUCUCUCUCUCUCUCUCUCUCUCUCUCAUCAGGGUGGCACCGUCUUUUUCUUCAGGGACGAUGGCGGCGACGCUGGCCCGCCACCGCGCGAAGCCGCGAGUGUACGUGGGCUGCAUGAAGUCCGGACCGGUGCUGUCCCAGAAGUGAGUAUUCAUUCCCUCGAGCAUCAUCAAAAUCGUGGCCAGGAGGGCACCGCACCGCGGGGAGCCUCGUCUGACUGGGUGAACGGCAGCAGAGGGGUGAAGUACCACGAGCCCGAGUUCUGGAAGUUCGGCGAAGAAGGGAACAACUACUUCCGUCACGCCACCGGCCAGAUCUACGCCAUCUCCAAGGACCUCGCUGCCUACAUCUCGAUCAACUCGUGCGUCCACUCCACACACUUCCCCCUCGUUUCUCUCUCUCUCUCUCUCUGUGACUCUCUCCUCUUUUGCCUGCAUUAUUUUCUACUCUCUCUUUGCAUCUACCUUCUUCGUUUCUCUUUCCUCUUCUUCUCCAUCCCUCUCUACUCUUCUCUCUCCAUCCAUCUUCGACCUCCCCUCUCUUCUCUCUCUCUCUUUCUCUCUGUGAAUGGUCCGAGUUCCAUGCAGGCCCAUAUUGCACAGGUACGCCAACGAGGACGUGUCCCUCGGAUCCUGGCUGAUCGGCCUCGACGUCCUCCACGUGGACGAGCGCACCAUGUGCUGCGGGACGCCCCCAGGUAUGUACCCCACCUCCCGGUCCAUGAAGGCCCCCGGAAUUGGACCCAAAGGGACGAACCCCCCGCCAAUCUCUCUCUCAUCGCCGCCGUCAUUGUCUCUGUAGACUGCGAGUGGAAGACGCAGGCGGGGAACAUCUGCGUGGCCAGCUUUGAUUGGUCCUGCAGUGGGGUCUGCAAAGCCGUUGACCGUAUGAAGGAGGUCCACCGCACGUGCGGCGAGGGCGAGGCGGCCGUCUGGAACGUGUCUACCUAA